AUGUCUACUGCCAAGUUGCUGCCCCAAAGGACUUGCAUCGCACCUGGCGCGCUCGACACGCCCGUUCAUACAUUCCUCGCAGACAAGCGAGUCAUCCUUGCAUCGGCGUCCCCGAGGCGGUCAGAGAUCCUCAGGCAGAUCGGGCUCGCGCCAGAGAUUAUUCCUUCGACAUUCAGCGAGAACUUGCCUCACGAUUCAUUCGCUGAUGAUGAGCUCGGUCUCGGUGCUUAUGCCGUUGCGACCGCAUCCGAGAAGGCACUCGAGGUCUACUUGCGGCUAGUCGAGCAAUCGCCUGAAGACGCACCCGACCUUGUGAUUGGCGCCGACACGGUCGUGCUACUCGAUCAUGCGAUACUAGAGAAGCCAGGCACAAAGGCCGAAAACAUGCGAAUGCUCCUCGAGCUCAACGGGCGCACUCACCAAGUCGCAACAGGCAUCGUGCUCGUGAUACCGUGUCUUACAUCACCAGGCUAUGUCAUCAAAACAUUGCUAGAAACAACGACCGUCGAAUUUGCCGAGAACCCGACAGAAGUACUACAAGCAUAUGUCAACUCUGAGGAAGGGCUCGAUCGCGCUGGCGGAUAUGCCAUACAAGGCAAAGCGAGCGUGCUCGUCAGGUCCAUUUCGGGUGACUACAGCAACGUCGUUGGAUUGCCUGGCGCGGCCCUCUUUCACUGGCUGUACGAGCUCAUCGCAAAUGAAGAGCUCGACCUGCUGAGCUAG